AUGGCUAAAGCAGACAACCGCUUUGGACAAAGAGAUGGCUCGGACCAGAACUUUGACUACAUGUUCAAGCUUCUGAUCAUUGGCAAUAGCAGUGUGGGAAAAACCAGUUUUUUAUUCAGAUAUGCAGAUGACUCAUUCAGCAACUCAUUUGUCAGCACUGUUGGCAUUGACUUUAAGGUUAAAACAGUUUAUAGGAAUGAGAAAAGAGUCAAGCUCCAGAUUUGGGACACAGCAGGGCAGGAGCGGUAUAGGACUAUCACCACAGCCUACUACAGAGGAGCCAUGGGAUUUAUCCUCAUGUAUGACAUCACCAAUGAGGAAUCCUUUAACGCAGUGCAGGACUGGGCAACACAGAUCAAGACAUACUCAUGGGAUAACGCUCAGGUGAUAUUAGUUGGGAACAAGUGUGAUAUGGAUGAAGAAAGGGUAGUUCCUAUAGAAAAGGGCAAACACUUGGCUGAUCAGUUAGGGUUUGAAUUCUAUGAAGCAAGUGCCAAGGAAAACAUCAAUGUUAGGCAAGUGUUUGAGCGUUUGGUUGACAUCAUUUGUGUAAAGAUGUCAGAACGAGUUGAUACAGACCCAUCCAUGGUUACUGGUGCCAAGACCACCCGGCUUACCGAUAAGCCACCCCAACUACCUCAGAACUGCUGCUGA